CAAAUUAUCCUGCAGAGUGGCGUUUGCCUUGUAUUCCGAUGUCCGUUACGUUUUCAAAAUGUACAGAAGCCCUAAUUCCGAAAAACGCCCAGGGAUGUCUAGGCGAGACAACACAGCUCGAUGAAGUUCUCAUCGGCCAGAAUGCGGUCGCCACAGAAUCUCCGGCCGUCAUAUCUAGUCGGCAAUGUUUUCACGUGUCCGGAACUGCCCUUGUUCUACUUCUCGUUGGCUGUGUAGUCGUUAUUCUUUGUCGAGGACAUUUUCACAGCGUACUGAACUGGCUAGAAGGUCUACCUCUGUGGCAGGGAUGCCUUGUCUUCGUUGUUCUAUUCACUAUUGUGUCAUUUCCAAUGACGUUUGGUUACAUAUUGUGUAACGUAGCUGUUGGCUACCUGUAUGGUUUCUUUACGGGACUAGUUAUCGUAUCGUUGUCUGUGGCGUCUGGUUGUACCAUCGCCUUUCUUGUGGUGAGGAGAUGCAUGAGGGGAAUUGUGGAGUCGAAGUUGCAGUCGGAUCACUUGAAGGCAGUGAUGAGGGUCGUGGAGGGAAGGAAGGGUUGGAGAGUACUGGCAUUGACAAGAUUGACGCCUAUACCGUUUGGUUUACAGAACGCUUUAUUUUCAAUUACAAAUAUCUCUACAACAAGAUACAUUACAGCUUCAACAGUGGGUCUCCUACCGACUCAAGCAUUAAAUACAUACAUGGGCACAACAGUUCGUAGUAUGGAAGAUGUGGUGGAAGGCAGCAACAGUGGCUAUGUUGUAAUUUCUAUCCAGAUUGCACUCAGUGCUCUUCUCAUGGUGUACGUCAUUCGCCGAGCUCGGAAAGAGUUGAACCUAGCGUGCAGGCAGGAGGAGGACAUGGAGGCUGGACAGCGGUCAAUUACUGUCAAGCCGAACCUCCUCAGAGUCAUGUCAAGUAAUGAUGUAGCUGGAAUGGUACACGGUAAGAAUGGAGUGGUCGACGUUUACAGUAUGCUCAAAAUCAGUCAGACUAAACAUCAACGAUCAAAAUCUGUGACUACAAUUUUGUCACAGUCUAUCAUUUCAGGAGAUUACUCUGAUGAGACAGUGAAUGAUAAUUGAGUUUUGUUUUAUUAGUGUUGCCAACUAUUUUGAUAUAAAAGCACACUUAGAGCAUUAGAAAUACAGACCAGUUCAUAUCAUUUUA